GAAAUAAUUCCCUCAGGCUCCCAGAUCAACUUUAAAUCCACACAAGGAAGUAGUGAUCACUAAUUCACAGAGCGUUCUCUUCCUUGCUGGUCACAGACACUUUUUUUUCUUUUUUUUUUUUGUUCUCAGCAGCGAGCUGAGAAUCACUUCCUCUUAUGAGAAAUAAGAGCAGCCUCACACAGACCGGUCUGCCUGACAGAGCAACUGACUUGACUGAGAGCAGCUUACACACACACACACACACACACACACAGACAGAGGGAGAGACUCAUGCUCGGAUCCACCACUUGCUGAAUGUGCCCGUUGCCGUGGAAACAUAGAUGAACCAAAAGGUGAGGAGGAUUCUCCAGACAGACAGUCCUGAGACGACAGAGGUGAGGAAACAUUGUGAAUCAGCAUCCACGAUGGACCACCAACAGCAGCAUGCCAAAGUGGAGCGAUUUCUCAAGCUGGGCUACACUCACAGUGACAUCCUAAGGGUGCUGGAGAGCCUCCACCACGACGCCCAGACCAACGACAUACUGGAGGAGCUGAUAAAAACCUGCCACACUCGCACUUACACCAACAAAAGCGUCCCAAACAGUCCCAAGCUGGUGCCCAGAGGCUGCAGCCCCUGUCCCAGUCAACCCAGACCCGGACCAGAGAGAGAGUCAGCUGCCGGCUUCAGACCAGUGGUUAUAGAUGGAAGCAACGUGGCCAUGAGCCAUGGCGACAAGAAAGUGUUUUCGUGCCAAGGACUGCAGUUGGCCGUGAACUGGUUCUGGGACAAAGGCCUGCGGGACAUCACUGUGUUCAUCCCACUGUGGAGGAAGGAGCAGCCGCGACCCGAAGCACUCAUUACAGAUCAACAUAUUCUCCAUGAGCUGGAGAGGAGGAAGAUCCUGGUGUACACGCCGUCCCGCUGCGUAAACGGUAAGAGGGUGGUGUGCUACGAUGACCGCUACAUCGUCAAGCUGGCCUUCGACUCAGACGGCAUCAUUGUGUCCAACGACAACUACCGCGACCUGCAGACGGAGAACCCCCAGUGGAAGAAGUUCAUAGAGGAGAGGCUGCUGAUGUACACCUUUGCUAAUGACAAGUUCAUGCCUCCAGACGAUCCUCUGGGGAGAAACGGUCCCACCAUUGAUGAUUUCCUGCGUAAAAAGCCGUGGACCCCGGAUAACAAGCUGCAGCACUGUCCCUACGGAAAGAAGUGCACUUAUGGGGUCAAGUGCAAGUUCUACCACCCAGAGCGGGCCAACCAGUCACAGCUAUCUGUGGCCGAUGAACUGAGAGCGUUGAGAGACAGAGCCAAGAACUUCUCUCCUAAACCGAGCCUGCAGGACACACACAGCUGCCCCGCUGUGUAUCAGCCAGAGCACGGCUACACGUCAUCCACCCCUCCGCCUCUCAGCAUAGAGGAUCAGUCCCACAGGGCCUCACCCAGCGAGCAGCUCAUCUAUCAAAGAGACAGCAGCAGCCCGAGAAGCCACCCCAACACAAGCCUCCACCACUGCCCGAGCCCGGACGUGGACGAGGCCUUCAGCUCCAUGGAGAGCUCCAUGUCCAGGCUCUACAUCCAGGAUGUGCCCCACAGCAUGGAGCGCUCACCCUACAGCUACAGCAGCGGCGUGGCCAGCUACAGCCUGAGCUACGACGACUACUCCCACUCCGGGUCAUUCGGCUGCAACACUCAGAGGCCGUGCCUGAGUGGAGGAGGUUACUACGCACACCAUAACGGUUCAGUGUCCUGUGAGCGCCCCAUGUGCAGCCAGUGCAGGUGCGGUCAGCAGCAGGCCAGGAUGUCGCCCCACCACCAACCAGCGUGGGGCUCCUGCCCAGCUAUGCCACCACAUAACGGGGAGUAUCCUGGCCAUUAUUCAGAGAAGCAGUACUUCAGACAACCCUGCAACAGACAGACCCACAGCUUACCGAAGGACCCGUGGGGGCAGGGCCGUCUUUCUGAUGGCAGGAUGAGCGGCCAGACCAAGAGCCCGUCCAGCGAGCAGAGGAAGGGCCUGAGGAGUCAGCUGAGCACCCUCUUCCCUCAGAGCACGGUGGACCAAGUCAUGAAUGCUUACCCACACGUCUCUGACAUGUCCGAACUGAUUACUCUCAUCCAGAGCAACAGGACCAGCCACAUCUCCUUCUAGAUUAGAAAGAUUUUUUUUUCAUUCAAACUGAGCCCACAUUGUAGUUCUCAUCCCAGAAACAACAUGAAAAAAAAAGAGACAAUCUCUUCUUUUCUAACAAUGACUGUGAAUUAGUUUUAUUAUGAAUCGUAACAUGGAAAACUCUCACAGCACAUUCCAAACCUUUUCUUUGAAGCAUUAAAAAGUGACUUAAUCUGAGGAAGUGUUAAAAAUGUAGCAGACUGAAUGUUUAUUUCUUUGUCCUAGCAUAAAAGUGCAAUGCACUACGCUCCAUACAUGCUACUUAUUGUAGCACUGAAAUGUUUUAUCAAAGCAGCAUGUGUUGUUUUCUCAUGUUGCCUCAAAGUGAGGAACUCUAUUACACUAUUCUGUACUUUUGUAAAAAAGUUUUAGAUAACAAGUUUAGAUGCUUGUAUUUUUUUGUUUUUUUUGUUGCAGCCUCUGAAAUAAAAGCGCUCAAAACACUGAUUGUCUGCGAUGAA